AUGCAUUUCAAUUUUUCAUUUCAAUUAUUACUAAUUCUUGUACAUUAUACAUUCUAUUCUUACGCUCGUUUAUCAUCAGGCUCAUCGGCUUUAGCUAGUAGUUCCAUGAAAUUUAAAAGUCCAAAACUCGAGAAAACCAAAGAUGGAAUCGGACGAACUAAAAAAAUUGGACAUGACGAUGAUCUAGACAUAGAUGAUAGACAACAACAAUUCAAUGCAGAUGAAUCUCGUUUACGUGCAACUUUACUUGAACGUUAUGUUUCCGAAGCUCGACCAGUAAUAAAUACAACAACCGUAACUAUAGUUGAUGUUGGUUUAACUAUUAUUCAAGUUAUGAGUUUAGAUGAACAAAAUCAAGUAAUGACAACUAAUGUUCAAGUAACAUUAAAAUGGCAAGAUGAGCACUUACAUUGGUUACCAAGUGAAUAUAAGGAUCAAAAUCGUACAGUUUUUUCUGCUAGUGAAAUAUGGACACCCGAUAUUGUUUUAUUUAAUUCAGCUGAGGUUGCUUAUUCCCAACAGCGUGAACAUUAUUUAUUAACGGUUCAUUGGAAUGGAACAGUUGAAUGGGUUUUUCCUGAUGUAUUUCGAUCGUAUUGUGAUGUUGUUAUUACUUAUUUUCCAUUUGAUAAGCAAAAUUGUACACUUGAGAUUCAAUCAUGGUCACGUCCAUCAAAUGAAUUAUUAGUUCGUCAUCAACCACAAAAUUUACGUCAACAAAAUCAAUAUAUUCGUACUGAAUGGCAAGUUUAUGAAAUAGUUGUACGAAAUGCUACAAUGAAACGUUAUUUAUGGCUUGUAUUUCAUAUAAAUAUGAAACGUAAUUAUCAAUUUUAUGUUAAUCAUAUGAUAUUUCCAUUUUCAAUAUUAUCUUGUUUAACAUUAUUUGUUUUUUGGCUUCCACCUGAUUCAGGUGAAAAAAUAACAUUAACAAUAACUAUUCUUCUUGCAUUAACAGUUUUUCUACAACUUAUAUCAAAUUAUACACCGAAAGCUUCUUCUAAUCUUCCUAUUAUUGGUAUUUAUUUUAAUGUUAAUCUUAUAUUAGUACUUAUUUCUGUUGUUCUUACUGUUGUUGUUCUUAAUUUUCAUUAUCGUGGACCUAAAAAAUCUCGUGUGCCUCAUUGGUGUCGUCAUAUAGUCAUGGAUAAAAUUGGUCCUUGGCUUGGUUUUUAUUAUAUUAAUCGUGAACACUUAUUUUCUUCAACAAAAUCUAUAACUCAUCAAGAAAAUACAAAUGGUGAUGUUGUUAGUCGUAAUUCAAAUGAUACUAAAUUAAAAUUAGCUGUUAUAAAACCAACAACAUCAACAGCAAUGGAUGAUCCUAAUGAAGAAUUAACACAUACAACACUUCAACAACAUUCUGUAACAUUUAAUAUUGAACAAAUAUUACUUAAAAUGCAAACACAAUUUGAUCCAAGUAAAAUUGAUGAUGAAAAUUUAAAAAUGUCUAUUUUACAUGAAAUUCUUGAAUGUCAACGAUUACUUUUAACAAUACAUGCAAAAAAACAAAAUAUUCAUACACAAGCUUUACAUGAUAUAUAUGAAGAAUGGAAAAUUUUAGCUAUUAUUGUUGAUCGAAUUUGUUUUAUAUUUUAUCUCAUUAGUAUGAUUGCUGCAUCAAUUAUUUUCUUUGUACGUGAACCAAUUCUAAAACGAAAUGGAUGA